CGUGUCUCAAGAGUCUGCUCUUCUGACUGUGAUUUGCUGCACAGGGGCCUGUGAUGUCCUCUUACUGGCGCGCUCUCCGGCCUGCAGUACACGUAACCCUCCUCACUCCUCACCUCCUAAACCUCCUCGCCUGGGUUCUUUCAUGUCUGCACGUGCCCUGCCCUCACCGUGCGCAUCCAGACAUCGUGGACACGAAGCCGGCCAGCGUGGACGAGCUGACGGAGGUGAUCACGGUGGCCGAGGUCCACCCACACCAGUGCCACAUGCUGGCCCGCAGCAGCAGCAAGGGCACGGUCAGGCUGUGCCACCGGCGCUCCAAGGAAAUCAUCUCCUCUGUGUCUGACGUGAAAUUCAGCCAUCGCGGUCGGUACAUGAUGACCCGAGACGACCUGUCGGUGAAGGUGUGGGACCUCCACAUGGAGAGCCGGCCCGUCGAGACCCACCAGGUCCACGAGUACCUUCGAAGCCAGCUGUGUUCCCUGUAUGAGAACGACUGCAUCUUUGACAAGUUUGAGUGCUGUUGGAACGGCUCUGACAGUGCAGUCAUGACCGGGUCCUACAACAACUUCUUCAGAAUGUUCGAUCGGACUACACGGAGGGAUCUCACGCUGGAAGCUUCCAGGGAGAACAGCAAGCCUCGCGCCAGCUCGAAGCCUCGCAGUGUGUGUGCAGGGGGGAAGAGGAAGAAGGACGAGGUGAGCGUGGACAGCCUGGACUUCAGCAAGAAGAUCCUGCACACGGCCUGGCACCCGGCCGAGAGCACCAUCACCGUGGCGGCCACCAGUAACUUGUACAUAUUCCAGGACAAGGCCAACUGAGGAGGCAGAGGGACCCGCGUCUUGUCGUGCAGAACCAGGCGUGUCCCAGGACAGGCGGCCUCCUCUCCGCAAAGAGCAGGGAUGCCCUCCUGCUUUCCCACAGGCUGCAUGGGGCUGGCCGCGUGGGUCCCCGCGGGCUUCUCCCUCGGCGAGGUGAGCCCUGGGUGUCACUGCUCGGGGAGAAGCCUGCUUAAAGCAGAGUGAUGGACAGGACUCAGGAGACGCCAUUACUAGAAUAAACAUAUUUAUUGAAGUCUGAGCCUGCCCUCCAGUUUAUAGACCAAAAGUUAACGUCCAAGAGAAAAGUUGUCAGAUACAGUAUCUCUUCCUGUCCAGCUCGCCUCCUCUGCUGUCCCACCGGGGCCUCCACACGUGGGGCCGCCGCCCCCCACCCCGCAGCCGCUCUGAGCCCAGGCAGGGCCUCGGUCGGCACGGAGACGCGGCCACUCGGGCUCAGGCAGCUUUACUCCCCUCACGCCUUCCAGGGUAACCACUUAAUAAAAGCAGCACACUGUCAGAAGUGUUUUUAAGUCCAAAAUAAGUAUCGUCUUCUUAUUUAAUUGCAUAUAAUGAAGUUGUGCAGAAUUAGGCUUUCAGCAUCUUCUGUGCUCCACUGACAGGGUGCUGGGACGGGCAAUGCUUCGCUCUGAGCGUAUGCAUCCCCAAGCUUCUGUAACUUUUUGUUUCCGUAGAAAUGGUACACCUGACACACCAGGUAAGGUCUGGAAAAAGCCUUAACUGCAGCUGCAGAAAAGAUCACAAGUAGUAACAGAACUGCUGCUGAAAAAUUAACAUGUGGUUUAAAGUAUGCCUCAAAUUUACUGUGGUUGAAAACUUACGUGCUUUUUAAACCUUUUUUAAAAGUACUUGGGGGUGGGGGGUAACAUACUUUUUAAAAACUGCUAAAAUUAUAUGCAUGCCGAAUCUCAUAGUGCAUUUCAAGCCAGCAAAAUUUAACCACUGUCAUUAUUACAUGACGGCACCAGUACCUUGGUAGUUUAUUUAAAAGUAGGAUCCUUGCUAUGAGAUAUCAGGGUUUCCCAAGACAAAAAAAACACAGCAGAGACGGCACUAAGUGACGGGAGCUUGCCGCCAUGGGGGUCACACGGGAGCCCAGUCCUCCGGGGGCGGGACAGCUGGGCCCACACGCUGCUCUUGACGUUAAGGUGUGUUUUGGUGACUCAUGUGGAGACGGGAGAACAGUGUCUUGUCCCUCAUUCCGUUAACCCUGAAUUGAUUUUAACAGGAUGCCACGUUCGCUCACGUGAAGCUGGAAGCGGAGAAUCAACAAGUACACUUAGUUUAAAGAUAACUCUGUUUGCUGUGUCCUGAUUGUGACACAGUUCACAAACCUGAGAUGUGGAAUAGAGCUGGCUGAGUCUCGGUCAGCCCUGGUCCUUAAGACGAAGCCGUUCUAGUAAGAUGAGGUUGUAUAUAUUCAACCAUUUUGACCAAAAAGUUUAAUAAAUUUCCGAUGUUUGACUGGAUUUGUACUGUGUAAUUAGACAGCGUUUUCCAUCUUUGCUUUAAGACACGUUUCCCACCAGACAGGAAGCCAGCCCUCUGCCUCUCAGGGCCCCGAGCAGAAGGCACGUGCGCAGUGUCUGCCGCGGGCCGGGGGGUCCCCCUGUCCGUGGGUUCUUCUUCCCCGUGUCGGGCUGACGUUCCUCAGAGGUGCUCUUGAGAAACAUGUAACUUAAGCGAUGUCUGGGAGUUUCCCCCGUGUUCUUUCCCGUUAGACACUUCUGAUUCCAUCAAGCCUUUCCCCGUCCUGGUGAGGUGAAAAUGCUAUGGUUUUCAGACUUCACGUUUGUUUCUUCUUUAUAUUCUGUUUAUAGAACGGCUGUCCCUUUUCUUGUUCUAAAAC